GACCACCCAAUAUUUGUGACUACAGAUUAGGAUAGGAACGUAGGUCAACUGGUAAAUUGAGAUCUUUGCCUUUUGACUCAGCUUUCUCUUCACCACAACAGACCCGUACAGACGCUGCGCCAACCUGGCUAUCAAUCUCCCGCUCCAUUUUCCCCUCAUCUGUGAACAAGACCAUGAGAUACUUAAACUCCUCCACUUGGGAACAUGAUUAUAUGUGCUUGUUUAACCACAGAUGCUAAAAGUGAUCAGCAUUAAGGCCAGCAGCUGCCUUCAGCCUGUCCACCUUAAUUUGAGCUGCUUUAGUCUAUGACAGAAAGCUCAGAUGAGCCAUCUGUCAACACAUCCAGCCACAAACUGAAAUCAAAACCAGGGACCAGAGUGAUAUCGAUAGGGUAUUGACAAGAAAAUAUUAAUUAGGCUGUAGGACUGUCAAGCCGUCUUAUAGUGCUUCACAUCACAAAAAGCAUUAAUAGCAUAUCAUAUACAAUAUUUAGAUACCUGAACUACUAAGCUCAUCUUUUGUUUGAGAACAUUGGGGUUUUGUCUUGUUCUUGGAUUUCCAUUUGUUGCUUACAUUUGCUCUUUGAUUGAAGCAAUAUCAAGGUUCUCUUUGGCACCAGUUGACCUGUUUGAGAAAACAUGCAUACCUGUAAAACAUGUGAUGUGUAAAUACAUUGUUUUAAGUUUGCAUUAUAAACAAAUAUCCUGACCACACAUGGCAGAUUCGACUUGCUCUGUAAUAUUUCUCUGUGUUGACAUCGUUUUGCGUAAUUUCUUUACAGGAGAAAUAGCGUUUUUUUCUUCUAUGGUGGUUCUGGAUGAUCACCAUGAGAGAAACUAUGGAGGAUGGGAUCAGCGAAGUAUUAUCCAGCGUUGUGGAGGAUGUUAGCGAAGCCGUCAACAGAAACAUUAGUGGCUCUCAGCUUCUGCAUGAACUACUGAGCGCUCCAUGGCUUCGUGCCUUACUAAAGAUUUACGAGUGCCUGAUGCGGUUCCAGAGAUUGUCACCAAGCCCCCUUCUACCUUGUGCCUCCGGACUCUUAUUUGAGAUCAUGGCCGUCAUACAAAGAGCGCACCGUCCUUCGGCUGAAGCUCGUGAGCUCUACAACCUCCUCAGCUCUCCACAUGUCCAGGCCCUCCUAUCAUCUCACGACAGCGUGGCGCAGUCUGACUAUUUACCCGUCCUUUCUCCGCUGCCCGACGAGUUACCAGAGGAUGAGGAGGCCAUGAGGAUCGUUUGUCUUGUAAAGAAUAACCAGCCUCUGGGGGCGACUAUAAGAAGGGAGGAGGUGACGGGAGACAUCUACAUUGCCCGAGUGAUUCAUGGAGGACUGGCAGACCGCAGUGGACUCCUUCAUCCUGGUGAUCUUAUAGUGGAGGUGAAUGGAAACUCAGUGGUGGGACUGGAACCAGAAAAGGUCAUCCAGAAACUGAACAGUUCGAUUGGAACUAUUUUGUUCAAAGUUAUCCCGAGGUCAACGCAGGUCACCAGCAGCCAGAAGCCGGUGUACAUGAGGGCGAUGGUGGACUACUGCCCCCUGCAGGACUCCUCCAUCCCGUGUCCCGAUGCAGGAAUGGCUUUCAGCAGAGGUGACCUGCUGGAGGUGGUCGACCAAUCAGACGCUCUGUGGUGGCAGGCCAGGAAGCUGCCCUGUGGCGCUUCCUUCGCUGGGCUAAUUCCCUCUGCUAGCAUGCUGAAGAGUAAACACAAGGAGCAGUGGUGGUGUCAUCCAUCCCAGGUUCACACAUGCAUCAGGCCUUACAGCCUGGCUGAUAACGACGAGGAUCUGACGCUCGCUGAUGGCAAAAGGAUCCUGACAGAUAUGGGAAAAAGUAAAGAAAUAAACUUUGAUGAGGAGGAUCCAGAUGUUACUGAAGGAAUUUACCUGGCUGGCUUCCGCCGGAGUUUCCGCCUCUGGAGGAGGACGUCCUAUAAGAGGAGGCGCCAGUCCUGCACCUCCUGCUCACCCAGCAGCAGCGCUCUGUCCUCCCCGUAUGAGGAGGUGGCGUUGUACCAGCGCCUCCCGCAGGAGAACCACCGCCUCAUCAUCCUCAUAGGAGCUUCAGGAGUCGGAGUCAAUGAGUUGAGGAAGAGACUCAUCAAACUGAACCCAUCGACCUUCCAGGGACCCGUACCGCACACAACCCGUCCAAUAAGAGAAGGGGAGCAGGCGGGUAGAGAGUACCACUUUGUCACCAAAGAGCUGUUUGAGUAUAUGGUCUGCAACCACAGAUUUGUAGAAUAUGGGGAGAGUAAGAGCCACCUGUAUGGAACCAGCAUUGAUGCUAUUGAUGAGGUGAUAAAACGAGGACGGAUGUGCAUCAUCGACGUUGAACCACCUGGCAUCCAUCUGUUGCGAUUAAGGAACCUGAAGCCGUACGUGAUUUUCAUCAGAGCGCCGAGCCCAGACACACUGAGACAGACUCGAAGAAACGCCAGACUCAUCACCAGCUACGCCGUCAACAGGGCGUUCACAGAGGAAGACUUUUUGGAACUGGAGGACACGUCUCAGCUUAUCGACGCCAAAUACAAACAGUAUUUUGACAGCGUGGUGGUGAACGACGACCUGCAGGACGCCUGCAUGCAGCUCUGCUCCAUCAUCCAGCAGGCGCAGAACGAGCCUCAGUGGAUCCCAGUCAGCUGGCUGCAUGGAGAGGAGUAGACCAGGAGAGGAUGGGGAGCUACUGAACUAAAUACGGCGAAGAGACGGGAAAACGAUGGCGGCGCGGUGGACGGAUAGGAAUAAUGUCACUAAAGCUUACACACAAGUAACAUUAUGUGUUAAUAUUAUAAUAGUUUCAUUAAAUAAAAGAUUUUCUUCAGUCUCAACUCUA